AUGUGCAAUGAGGAUGGAGGAGAGUUCAAGAUACGUCCUCCUGCUGAUAACCCUGCAGAGAAAAAAGGAAUUUAUGAUCCGAACUACCAAACUCUGGCUGGAAUGAAUAAUGAUGAUGUUUUCAAGAGGAAAGAUGGACCUAAGGACGAUGGCGGUGGUGGUGGUGGAGGAGGAGGAGGAGAAGAAGGUCCUCAAAAAAUCAGAGCUCCCCAAGAGAAGCGAGUAGUAGGAACGUAUGAUCCGAAUUAUCAGGUCAGUUGCUUUGUUAGUAAGAGGGCGACUGUCAACUCACUCAUCCUUCUCUUUUUUCCUUUUUUGUAUUAA